GUUCUCGGUCCGGGAGUUUGAAAACCUUUUUUAUUUUUUUCUCUUGAUACUCAGACACAGGCACUUGCAAGACCAUAUUCUCUACUCUUUCCACAUUAUCAUGCCCGCUCCUACUGCUAUCCGGCAAAAGCCCGAGGAAAUCGCUCCUCCUGCUCCUGUUCUUGACGACGAUGACGACGAGAUCCUGAUCGAUGCUCUAUCCACCACCACAUCGGCCGCGCCAACAGCAGCCGACGACGUCACCGACGUCUCGACUGCUCCUACAUCGACAGUCACCAGCGGCAUGCAGCUUGAUCUUGACGGACGGCCGCGCUUCGGCACCGCUGCUGAGCAACGGACUCGCGUUAGAGCCCAGUCACGGAGAGUGCCUGUGCCUCCGCACAGAAUGACACCCUUGAAGAACGCCUGGCCGAAGGUUUAUCCGCCAUUAGUAGAGCAUCUCAAGCUACAGGUUCGCAUGAACAUUCGCACAAAGACCGUCGAGCUGAGGACCUGCAAGCAAACCGAAGACACCGGCGCAAUCCAGAAAGGCGCGGAUUUCAUCAAGGCGUUCACCCUAGGCUUCGACGUCGACGACGCCAUCGCGCUGCUCAGAUUAGACGAUCUCUACAUCGAGUCCUUUGAAGUCAAAGACGUCAAGACCUUGCAAGGCGACCAUCUCGCCCGCGCAAUCGGCCGUAUCGCGGGAAAAGACGGCAAGACCAAGUUCGCGAUCGAGAACGCUACCCGGACGCGUAUCGUGCUGGCCGACAGCAAGAUCCAUAUCCUCGGCGGAUUCGCAAAUAUUCGCAUGGCGAGAGAGUCCGUCGUCAGUUUGAUCCUCGGUAGUCCGCCCGGAAAGGUGUACGGAAACCUUCGCAUCGUUGCCUCGAGACUCAAGGAGAGCUUUUGAUUGCUUUUUUAGACUAGCGUCGUCGUCGUGCUCUGCAUAGUGUGCUAUUAGUUUACAAUACUAAUCAGAAGGGGUUUUCAGGUUUUGUAAAAAAGUUCUGUGCUUCCUUGUCUUUGUUUUUGUCUUUGUCUUUUGCUGGUUCUGUUUGUCAUUUUAGCUUAUUUAGGUUGGGUUUUUUGGUAUUGCUCUUCGCUUUAGAG